GGGUAAACACUGUCGCUCGUGCAGUUACUGCCAGUCGAUAUCCAAGAGUCUGGUGACGACACCGGGUGAAGAUAUGGACAUCGAGUUCUGCUCUGAAGCCUGCUGCUCAAAAUACAAAAUGCUCCUCGGACAUGUGGCAAAAUGUGACACCUGCAGUCACAAAGGGAAACUAAAGCAGAGUCUGCCGCUGCUGGGAGAGGUCAAAUACUUCUGUGGCAUGAAGUGUCUCCUACACUUCUGCAGUAACAAGGUUCAGAUGCUCGACGGAGAAGUCUCUUCAUCUCUGGUAUCUGCAGCACCAGCAGAGUCCUCUCCUGUCAUUGGGAAUGUUAUAUCUUUGGCUAAUGCUCUGACCAGGCAGCACAGCACCUCAGCAGCCUCUCCACAGCUUGGCUCCAUCACUGACAUUCAAACAAAGGUCAUUGGACAUGCCAGCGUUCAGACUGUCCCAAAGGAGCUGAAGAACAAGUCGAUCAUCUGUACUCCGCUGGUUCAUAACAAAGGGGUCUCCUGUACAGAAGAGGCUCUUAAAAUAGAGACACAAAAAGAAGACCGUUGUGAUCCUAAAGUCGUGGUCCUGCCUGUCCCAGUGCCGGUUUAUGUUCCUGUGCCUAUGAACAUGUACAGCCAGUACGCUCCACAGCCGGUGGGCCUGCCCUUACUGCUGCCUGUGCCCCUGGUCCUCCCUGUGAAGAAAGAUGGCUCUGAGCCAACGGUGAAAUCCACAAAAGAGAGUUUGCAUCCUGAACACUUACAGGGCGAGCUCAUCAGGCCUGAGACGGAGAUAGAGCAGAGAGAGGAAGGGCAGAAGCAUGGACAGAUGAUAAAAGAAGAAGAAAGACCCAAGCCUUCAUCCGUGCAGGCUCUGGAAAGUCCUCAGAGAUCACCCGUCGCUCCUCCUGCUCCAAUUUUAGUACCACAAACUUUGGACAAAGACAAGAACAAGGAUUGUAACCUGGAGCAGCUUUCAAAGAAAGAUGAGCAAGACACUCCUGAAACAGACUUUACUCAACUUGUGUCUUCAAAGCAAAACACCCUGAAGAGUGAGUGUGGAGUUGAUGCCUGGAAGAGAUGGACCAAGUGGAGAGAGUCACAAACCAACCUGGAGCCCGUUUCUUCUCAUGUACUGACGCUGAAGGCGGACCUCCUUCGCUGCUCUGUGGCUGAACUGAGCGACUGCCUGCUUUGCUUCAUCAGGGAGGUGAAACAAUCGGAUGGCGAGCCGUACUCCCCCAACAGGCUGUUCUACCUCUGCCUCAGCAUUCAGCUGUUUCUGUUUCAGAACGGUCGGCUGGAGAACAUAUUCAGUGAUCUCAUCUACGACAGGUUUUCCACUGAGUUGACCAAGAUCCUUAAACCUUCAGUCACAGGCGGAGGUUGUGUGCUGUCCUGUGUGGAGGAGCAGUUUCUGUGGGACUGUAAACAGCUGGGGGCGUACUCCCCCACUGUCCUGCUCAACACGCUGCUCUUCUUCUUCUGCAAGUACUUUGGCUUCACCACAGUCGAGCAGCACCGCCGGCUGUCCUUUGCAAACAUCACACUCUGCACCAAAACCAGCAAGAGCAACACCAAGACCACCUUCCUACGCUUCCACCCACCUACUUGUACAAACCAGGAAGAGUCAGACACGUAUGACGCGUCCCAGCUAAGAAGGUUAAGAAAAACGAGUCUGAGGAGGAUUUCCUGGAGAUGA